AUGGCUAGGCACGGGGACACUCGCUCACCAUCACCUGUAGGCAGUUCUUAUUCCUCGUCAAAACGCACUCGAAGAGAUGACGAUCGAUACGAAAGAAGUCGCCGGGACGACGAUCGAAGUCAUAGGAGGAAGCAUUCAAGAUCCCGGAGUCCUGAGCGUCGACACAGAGAUCGGGACCGCGAGCGGGAUGGACAUCGCCGACGAGAUCGCUCCAUAGAUCGCCGCUACGACGGUCGAAGAGACGAUGACUACCAUUACUCAAGGCGAGACAGAUCAAGAGAUCGUAGACGGUCAAGGGAUCGUGAUGAUCGCCGCAGGAGUAGAGACAGAAAUACUCGCCCUAGGCAUGACGAUAUUCGCGACAAGGAUCGUCGGUUAAGAGAUGAAUCGACCGAGUCAAGGAAGCGUAAGAGAGAUUCGAGUAGGGAUCGUCCCGCAAAGAAAGACUCAAUUGAUACCUCCCGAGAAGUAAGUCUGGCUCUGCUAUAUUAUUCGUGCACGACUCACCAAUCCACACAGGCAUCAAAACCAUCGACCCCCACCACUCUCACUGCAGAGGAACAAAAGGCAGCCCGGCUUGCCAAACUGGAGCAAUGGAAAAAGAAACAGGCUGAAGAACAAGCUAAGAAGCAAAAAGAACUCGAGGCCGCUGGUGGUGCUCGUAGUAUCUUGAACGAAAUUGACAGAAGAGCAGGAAUGUCGCCCGCCGCCUCCUCACCACUCUCUGCGUCAAGGCCCGUAACUCCAGAUGUACCCUCUCCAGCCCCGACGCCGUACGCCGGUAAAUUUGAUCCGAAAGCCAUUGCCAAAAAGGCUCAUCAUUCGUCGGCUGCAAGCAAAGUACUCGGAGGUGACAUCGCUGCGCCUUCUCUUGCCAAUGGUAAUGCCCUUAAAAUAGCGCCAUCUUCUUCUAUACCUGGCUCGCCACUGUCAGCACAGCCCACAAAGUCAUUGAGAGCAACUGGCAACAUGGGGAAGUUUGGUCUUGGAAGCAAAGCCUCAAUUGAAACCGAUGUUGCCAAAAAGUCUUUGGCGUUCGAGGAUGAGGAAGCCACAAAGAAAAAGCUCGAGAAACUGCCGAACAUGGCCCUCGAACAGAGCAAUGGUACGCCCGACGCUCAAAUUGAUGAAGCUGACGAAGGAGAUGACGAUCUCGAUCUACAGGAUGGAGACACAGAAGAAGAGGCCUUGGCCGCCGCCCGUGCCGCUGCUGAGCAACGGAGUCAAGCAGAAAGGGGAGAGGACACGAAAAUGACUGACGCACCUGCCAACUCUGGUGCCACAACCACUGAAACACAAGAAGAUGAGGAAGAAGUUGAUGCCCUUGAUGCUUUCAUGCUAGACCUCCAGCCGGUCGCCAAAGUUAAGACUUUUACGCAGAAGAAUAAUCUGAAAUCCCGGCAACGUGAGCCAGAGGCACUCUUUGGAGACGAUGAAGUUGACAUUACUGCUGUCGACGAUGAAAAUCCCGACAAUAUCUUAUCCCUGGCGAGUGCCACUGCCAAGAAGAAGAAAAAGGAUAUUCCUACUGUAAACCACUCCAAAGUUCAAUAUCAAUCUUUCCGUCGAAAUUUCUAUUCGGAGCCCAUCGAAAUGGCGGAUUGGACCGAAGACGAAGUUGCGAGUCUCCGAAUGCAGCUCGAUAAUAUCAAAGUUAGAGGUGUCGAUGUUCCAAAGCCAGUUGAGAAAUGGGCACAAUGUGGUCUUGGAGUUCAAGUCUUGGAAGUCAUUCAAAAGCUUGGUUACGAUGCUCCAACUAGUAUUCAAUCCCAAGCAGUGCCUGCAAUCAUGUCUGGCAGAGAUGUCAUUGGUGUAGCAAAGACUGGAUCAGGCAAAACAAUAGCAUUUCUGCUACCAAUGUUUCGACAUAUCAAAGAUCAACGACCACUUGAGCCCCUUGAUGGGCCUAUCGGAUUGGUUCUUAGUCCAACGCGAGAGCUAGCAACACAGAUUCACAAGGAAUGCAAGCCCUUUCUGAAAGCUUUGGGACUGAGAGCAGUUUGCGCCUACGGCGGUGCUCCGAUCAAGGAUCAGAUUGCAGAUCUGAAGCGUGGCGCUGAAAUCGUUGUAUGUACGCCAGGCCGUAUGAUUGAUCUACUUGCAGCCAACAGCGGGCGGGUUACCAACUUGAAACGUAUCACAUACGUCGUCCUAGAUGAGGCCGACAGAAUGUUUGACAUGGGGUUUGAACCUCAGGUUAUGAAAAUUCUGUCCAAUAUUCGACCGGAUCGCCAAACGGUGUUAUUUUCUGCAACAUUUCCUCGGCAGAUGGAAGCGCUCGCAAGAAAGACGCUUAGCAAGCCGGUCGAAAUUGUCGUUGGUGGACGUAGCGUUGUUGCUCCUGAGAUUACUCAAGUCGUUGAAGUCCGAGAGGAGAGCACCAAAUUUGUUCGAUUACUUGAGCUCCUCGGAAAGCUUUAUGAGGAUGAGAAGAAUGAGGAUGAUCGUGCUUUAAUCUUUGUUGAUCGGCAAGAGUCGGCAGAUGGUCUACUUCGAGAUCUGAUGAAGAAGGGUUAUCCAUGCAUGUCAAUUCAUGGCGGCAAAGAUCAGAUUGACAGGGAUUCGACCAUUGACGACUUCAAAGCUGGUGUUGUGCCCAUUCUAAUCGCUACAUCUGUCGCUGCUCGUGGACUUGAUGUAAAGCAGUUGAAGCUCGUGGUCAAUUACGAUGCUCCCAAUCAUUUGGAAGACUAUGUCCAUCGUGCUGGUCGUACAGGCCGAGCAGGGAAUACUGGAACCGCAGUUACUUUCCUUACCGACGAACAGGAUAGAUAUGCCGUUGACAUAGCAAAGGCCUUGAAGCAGAGUGGCCAAUCUAUACCUGAGUCCGUCCAGAAGUUGGUAGAUACUUUCAUGGAAAAGGUCAAGGCUGGCAAAGAAAAGGCCGGUGCUUCUGGAUUUGGUGGCAAAGGUCUCGAGCGGCUUGACCAAGAACGCGAUGCUGCCAAGGCACGUGAACGCAAGACUUUCAAGUCUGGAGAAGACGGGGAAGAACAAGAAGACAAGGAGGAGGACAAGGAUGUCAAGGUGGGCGACGAUAUCUUCUCCAAAGCCGCAUCCAGUGUCAAACCAUUCGAAAAUUCAACUCCGGCAGCAACCAGUCUCCCCGGCGUACCUAAAGGCAUCGAUCUCGAUGGCAAAAUCACAGUUCACAAGACCGAAAGGGAAACACCGUCUGCUGGGCCUUCGAACCAGAUGGACAAAGUUGCUGCUGCGGUCGGCGCGAUCAAUCAGAAACUGUCUAAAGCAGGAGUCAUGCGCUCUGGUGUACCCAUCGACAACAAAGGCCCAGAUGCCGGUGCCUUCCACGCCACUUUGGAGAUCAAUGACUUUCCUCAAAAAGCACGUUGGGCUGUCACCAAUCGGACAAAUGUUGCCAAGAUCCUCGAAUCAACUGGCACCUCGAUCACCACCAAGGGCUCCUUCUACGCUACAGGCAAGGAGCCGGGGCCGAACGAAAACCCCAAGCUGUAUAUUCUUGUCGAAGGCGAUACUGAGGUCGUGGUACACGACGCAAUGCGUGAAUUAAUGAGGCUGUUGAAGGAAGGCACUAUGAGUGCCGCUGAUGCCGCUGAUCGGUCGACUGGACGAUACUCCGUUGUUUGA